AGCCACAAGAGUUUCCGCACCAAGCAGAAGCUUGCCAAAGCUCAGAAGCAGAACCGUCCCAUCCCCCAGUGGAUUCGUCUCCGCACCGGCAACACCAUCAGAUACAACGCCAAGCGGAGGCACUGGCGCAAGACCCGCCUCGGCAUCUAA